AGAACAGUGUGGGUUUACAGCUAGCAAUGCUUUAAAUUAAACUGUGGACACAGUGCACACACACAUACAGGCAUGCUGUAACUGUCUCUUCAGAUGAGAAACUGUGCUCCACCCCCUAGCUUUUAGCUCACCUGGCAAUUGAGCCAUACAAAAUGAAUUGAAGUUGACGGAUCCCUCUGCCAAGUGACAGGGCAACAUGAUUGAAGCUAUCAAUCAGACACCCUCUCUUUUUUUAAUGCACGCACAAAUCCACUACACGAACACACACACACACACACCAAAAGUAAUCUACUCAUCAGUUACCAGUAUAUCCUCUCAGUCCCCUUCAUCCCUGAGGAGAACUAUCCAUUUUGAUCAUGGAAUAUUAAAAUAGGAAACAGGUGUUGCAACAUCAUGUGCUCAGUAGUUCAAGCUUCAUACAGAUCACAAGCAGAUCUCUAGCACACAUCACUUAAUGCUUGGCGAGAAUUGGUAAAAAACAAAAGCAGGAGUGCUUUUCUCUUGCAGGAGACAAAAGGGUUAACUCCAUUAUAACAAACCAAUCAGGACGGAGAGUAGCACUGCAAAACCUCCGCAGUGUGAGAGUGAGGAAGAGAGAGAGAGGAAGAGAGAGAGGGAGAGAGAGAGAGAGAGAGAGAGAGAGAGAGAGAGUAGGAGUGGGGUGAGAGUGUGCAACAGCGUGCUGGGGUAGAUGAGCCAAGCUUUCACACACGCUGACACACACCACAGCGUGAAAAGCAAAGCAGAGCUAGAGAGGGCAGUGUGUGUUCAUGUAUAUACGUGUGUAAGAGAGAAGAAGAAAGAUAGAAGGCAGGGACAAGGAGUACAAGACAAGAAAGUGUGAGGACUGCCUGUAUUAGCCUGUUUAUUCUCAUUUUCUUGGCACUCUUGACUGUUUGGAUGAUGAAAGGAAUAUGAAGGUUUAAUGCUCCUCUCCGGGGCAAAUCUGGAAACCUCAGGGAAAUACCAUAGCGAAAUCCUCAAGCAACAUAAUUCCUUUUACACCACUUGGGAUUUGUAAGAUUCUUUUGAAACGGGUACCUGCUGGGACUCUCUUUACAUUAGAGGAUAAUGCACAAGCCUAUCCCUUCAGCACAGGAGGAAGAAGGCAUCAUGAGUAACGUUACAGUCUUGGACAUCACUGAGACCGUAAGCCCAGCCAUGACGGCUGACGAACCUCACCCCUACCCCCUCAGCUUUCAGGUCUCCCUAACCGGCUUCCUGAUGCUGGAGAUAGUGCUGGGCCUGAGCAGCAACCUCACUGUGCUCGUCCUGUACUGCAUGAAGUCCAACCUGGUCAACUCUGUUAGCAACCUCGUGACCAUGAACCUGCACGUACUCGAUGUGCUGGUGUGUGUGUGCUGCAUCCCGCUGACCAUCGUUGUGCUGCUUCUCUCACUACAAGGUGACACUGUGCUGGUCUGCUGCUUCCAUGAGGCCUGUGUGUCCUUCGCUAGCGUGGCUACGGCAGCAAAUGUCUUAGCCAUCACACUCGACCGCUAUGAUAUCUCUGUCAAACCAGCCAAUCGUGUGCUGACCAUGGGCCGAGCAGUGACUCUGUUGGGGGGUAUCUGGGUGCUGUCUUUUCUUAGUUUCCUGGUGCCCUUCAUUGAGGUGGGCUUCUUAGGACCAGAGCCAACCAAAGCUAACCAGACUGUUGUGGUGCAUGUUAAUGAGUACUACACAGAGUUAGGCCUGUAUUACCACCUGGUUGCACAGAUCCCUAUCUUCUGCUUCACUGCUGUGGUCAUGCUGGUCACUUACUCUAAAAUCCUGCAGGCGCUAAACAUCCGCAUCGGAACACGCUUUCACGCCUCACAGAAGAAGAAGAUGCGAUGGAAAAAGAACAUCUCACUCAUGUCAUCCUCACAACAGCAGCUGCCCGAAGUCACAGAUGGCUCUCAGGCGAGCAGUGGGAACCGUAAUGUGCCACUGGGCAUGAGAACCUCAGUGUCUGUGAUCAUUGCCCUGCGGCGAGCAGUGAAACGUCACCGCGAGCGGCGGGAGAGACAGAAGCGGGUGUUCCGCAUGUCACUCCUUAUCAUCUCCACUUUCCUUCUGUGCUGGACCCCUAUUACUGUUCUAAACAGCAUCAUCCUCAGCACAGGCCCCAGUGACCUCAAUGUGAAGCUACGUCUGGGCCUCCUGGUCAUGGCAUAUGGAACAACAGUCUUCCAUCCACUCCUCUACGCUUUCACGCGGCAGAAAUUUCAAAAGGUUCUAAAAAGUAAGAUGAAAAAGCGGGUGGUGUCCAUCAUCGAGACAGAUCCAAUGCCCACAAAUUCAGUCAUAAAAAACUCAUGGAUUGAUCCCAAGAGAAAUAAAAAAGUGACAUUCGAGGAUCAUGAAGCCAAACAAAAGUGUCUAUCAUCUGAGGAUGUUGACUAAGUACCAGUACUUGCAGGAACACCAGUACACAUUGUAGCCUCAAAAAUCUUCAUUAUGGUCAUAGUGGAAAGAAAUUGACUCAAGUGUGUGCUAUAGAUGGAACUGCAUUAGAUGUGAAUAUAUGAAUUAAUAUCAGUUUAUUACUAUUUAUAUGAACUUCAAAUUUAGUAUAAUAGUAUGACAUUCACUGUGCUGUUGAAAACUGCAUGUUUUUAUAACACUGUACAUAGAAUUCGAUAAUUGCGAUGUGUAUAUACACACAUUAAAUACUGUAUGUAUCACUAUUAGAAUACAUAGGCAACACAUACAAGUAUUUGUAAUAAAUUAGGCAAAAAUAUGUCUCUCGGGUUCAGCACAUAAAAUUACUGCACUAUCCAGCAGAAACCAGCUCACCUUUGACCCUUGCUGAAGUAGUACCACUUUUAUGGCCCAUCUUUUU